GGUGUACAAUCCAUACAGAAUACAGCCCUGACCAGCAGAUAUGUGAUCUCUCAGUAUGCAAAUUAUCUGAAUUGGCCAUGGAAACCUAUCAACAAGGGAGAGAUGGAAAUGGAAAUAAAGAAACUUACUCAUAUUGUUUCAAGGUUUUAGACUUAUUAAACAGCAUAAACUUGACUAGGGCACAUCAGAGACCGGACGUACACCUCUCUACCAAGGACACUGUGUGUGAUGAAACAAGGAGCGAGUAUCGAGAUAAAUAUGCAUUACCUGAGAAAAUUCUCAAUCUGUCAGAAUUCAGAAGCAGACUUCUUCCCAGUAAACAGUUUCAAAAGGAAAACUAUACUUUACCAAUUACCAUCUUCAAAGAAGUGAAGAAGGACAAAAAGGCUUUUCCCAUUAUGCAUAAGGACUUUGGCCUUUUAAAUGGAGGAGAUAUGAGUACAUUAUUUCUCACACAUAUUGCCAUUGGGAAAAAUCUGAUUCAGUCAGAAUCUUUGUCUUCAGCUCAAGAAAUGUUUCACAUGAGAGAUGUAUCAUGUCAGAUGCUUUCUCAUGAACCAAGGAGCAGAAAGCUGAGAUCGGAAAUGCUUCAGUCCCAUAUCCUGCCUCCUGUUCAUGUGGAUUCAGGAAACUUCACACGAGAUCUACAAGAGAUCUACUGUAUGUGUUCAUCUCCUCAUCAAGACAGUAUGGGUGUGAAUGGAGUUAAAUACUUUGAAGACCUGAGAGAUCUUCAAUGCAAACUUUUUAAAGGAGUCCUGAAAGAAACUGAGAGAGCCAAGCACAUAACUAAAGAAGAAAAAAAGAAGUCUGUGGAACCAUCAUUUAAGAGAAGAGAAACAAAAAGCAGAUGUAUGGAAUUUGCAGCCCCAUUAAUAAGCAGGAAUGAUGUUUAUUACUCAACCUACAAACAUCAUUGACAUUUCCAGAUAUUUGUAUGAUUGUAUUUACUGUAGGUAAAUAUUUGACCAACUUAUCUGUGCUAAUAGAACAAUAAAAUAUUAAUGCAUGUC